AUUGGCUAUUUUUUAGGAUAAACCAUGUAAUAGUUAUUCUAAUAAUUUUCUAAAAAAAAACAAAAAAAAACUUUCACGAUAAUAAAAUGGGCUGUAUAUCAAGUAAGAAGAGAAGAAUCAGAUCAAUGUCAACCUUUGUUUUAAGCAGAAUUGAUGAACUAAGAAUUCUGCCAAGUACUUUUGUGAAAAUAAACAACCAAGCCUUUUCAAACGUCUACCAAUCUGGUAGAACCUUAGGAAAAGGUGCGUUUGGAGAAGUUCGAUUUUGUACCCACAAGAAAACCUCGGCACGUCGGGCAGUAAAAAUUUUCAAAAAAUCAGACUUUUUUGAAGAAAAUUAUAUAAGUUUCCUUUAAAAUUACCCAAUAAAAAAAUAAAGCUAAAAUCUUAAUAACUAAUUUUAUUAUUAUUAUUUUAUACAUGCAAAGGCUCCUUGGAGAAAUCGAAAUUCUCAAAUUUCUAGAUCACCCAAAUAUUAUAAGGGCCUACGAAUUUUUCGAGGAUUCUGAAGAAUUUUACAUUGUAAUGGAGCAUUGUCGAGGGGGAGAACUUUUUGAAGCACUUGUCAAGUGGAAACGUUUCAAAGAGUCUGAUGCUGCCAUGAUAAUGAAACAGUUGUUUUCAUGCCUAUCUUAUAUGCACUCCAAAAAUAUCGCUCAUAGAGACCUUAAGCUGGAAAAUAUCCUUUUUGACGAAAAGUCUGAAGGCUUACUUAAGAGCAAACAGGGGGUAAUUUAUUUAAAAUGAAUCAUAUAUUAGAAACUAUUCGAUGAUAAUUUUUCUAAUUUGCAAAUAUUUGAAAAAAAGUUAAUUUAAAAUUAAAUAAGAAUAAAUAAGAGAAAUUGGUAAAGAAAUUAUUAAUUAUAUAUUAAAAUAAUUUAUAAAAAAAUUAUAUCAAAAGGUUUCCUCAUGCUUUUAAAAAGGGAAAGUUAGGAAUAAAACUUAUUGAUUUUGGAGCAGCGGGGUAUUUUAGCAAGAAUCAAGAACUAACUGGCUCAUUUGGGACUCCCUAUUAUAUUGCUCCAGAAGUGCUAGUUGGCGGUUAUACAGAAAAAUGCGAUUUAUGGAGCGCAGGCGUGAUAAUGUAUAUACUGUUGACCGGAAAGCCCCCUUUUGAUGGAACAACUGAAGAAGAAAUCCUAAAUAAUUCUUCUUGAAAAGAUAAAUAUCUCAUUGAUAUUAUAUAGCAUUUAUGCUCAUUAGCAAUAAAUAUACAAUACUACUGACUAGCUAAAUUAUAUAUUUUAUUUUAAAAUCAAAGAAAUAAUAUCAAUUAUAAAUGGGUAUAUUUUCUAUAAAAAAUAGCAGAGCCUUUUACUGUCAAUACAUUUAUUCUUUUUGAUAAGAAAUAGCAUAAAACAAAUGAAGUACAAUAGCAAUUCAACCGAAGCUUUUCAGAAACUUUCUGAAGAAGCCAAAGACCUAAUUAACCGCUUAUUAACACCUGAAAAGGACAGAAUUAAUGCAAGAGACGCACUAGAGCACGAUUGAAUUAAAAACAACUUCAGUGAGCCUCCUACAGCUGAUGACAUUAUGCGAACAUCCUGGGGCAAUUUAUCAGGAUUUAAAACUGGCAAUAAAAUCAAAGAAGCUAUCAUUACUUUUAUAAUAACCCAGCUAGCUUCUUCACAAGACAUAAAAUCAGCAAGAGAAACCUUCAAAAAACUAGACGAAAAUGGAGAUGGAAAAUUAAGCCGAGGGGAGCUAGAAAAAGGAUUUAAAAUGUUAUAAUUUCUUAUAAUAAAUGCUUGAGCGUUCGAUGGGAAAUUUUGAAUAAAUUUCUGAGCUAUAAUAAUCUUCUAAUUUAAUAUUAAAAAAUAUAAAAUGGAUAUACCCCAGAGCUAUUAGAUAGAAUUAUGAAAGAAGUAAACACAGACAAGAAUGGUUGCAUUGGGUAUACCGACUUUUUAAAAGCUGCCACAGAUAUGAAAAAAUUAGCGACUGCUACGAACCUGCAGAAUACUUUUGAUGCUUUUGAUAAAGAUGGAAGCGGAAAGAUAUCAGCUGAUGAGUUAAAAUGGGCAUUACAAGGUGAAAAUAUCGAAGAUUUAGACAUUUGGAACGAGCUGAUAUAUCAGGUGGAUCAAAAUGGGGACGGCGAAAUCGAUCUUAAAGAAUUUUGUGACAUAGUUUCAAGACAUUUUUAA